AGUUCGAACUGACAGCUCUAAGCUUUAACACAUCAAAUGAAAACGUAGUGCGGUGAAGUAGAGUUUUUAUUUUACUCUUUUAUAAACAAUUUCCGAGUGAAACAUUUUAUCGUUAUCAUUAAUUUAAAAUAGUAAACUAAGUAACAAAACAAAAUUUGGUGUUAUUUUAAUUAAAAGUAGAUGAACAUUUAAUGACAUCUAACUCAAUAAGAAGUACAAAAGUACAAGUGGUUACAGAUUAAAGUCACAUUUAUUGUAAUUCAACGUGAAAACUUAAAACAAUGGGAUUAAUAGGCUGGAUUAAAAAGGAGAUUGAAUCGACAUCACGUCAACGGCGUCAAAGUGCACCGCCACCAACUUCCGUCGGUCUUUCGGGAGCAAAUAAUUAUCGCGAUGAAGCUUACAUGCGAGCAAUAAGCAAGUUCAACGAGUGGCGUAACAAUCAACGUUUCGAGCGUCUAAGUGAAUCAAGAAAUGUCAGCGGAAUCACUCAACCUCCUACAAAUGAUCAGACUAUUAUGACAGACGAUUUCAGUCUCCUUAGCGAUGUGUUCAUUGACGAUAGCGAAAAGCGAAAACUCAUUGAAAUGCAACGUGAAAGAAAAAAGAAAGAAUUCGACAGAAAACUUGAACAUAACGUUUGUUUCUACAACACUGCACGUCCAAAGAAUCAUCGUUUAUCACUUCCAAAUAUGAAUGAAGACACUUUAAAUCGAUCACAAGUUAAACGACGUAGCAAGAGAAGUAAAGUUCAUCCCUCACAGACAAUUGAUGAGAUUGAGGAAUUUGAACAAAAUCACUGCCAUAAGAUUGACGAAGACUAUUCGAUUCAAGUAACAAGUCCACCGAGUAAGUUUUAUCGUGACAAUAUUGAUCCUUAUGGAGACAACAAACAGUCAUCGUCAACAAACAAAUCAAUUCCAAAACGACAUAGUUUAAUGGGUCGAAACAUGUUGCGUCGAGCGAAGAGUCAUGGAAAAGAAAAAGCGCCACAGCCACCACAAAAACAUGCUGAAUCAGAAGCUUCCUCAAAUUUUCAGAACGGAAAUUUUAAGCAUUAUGAAGUCAACACGUCGUCAGUCUACAGUGAAUUUGUCAAAGCUUCAAAUGCUUACAAAGUCAAUAUGAGGAAACAUGAGCCAGAAAAAGUCAAUUCAGUUGGUGAAAGUGCAAGCAGUGGAUCAUUGUCGUCUGAUGUUGAAAAGAAUGUCAGUUUGAAGAAUCAAAGAAGACUUUCACCGCCUUACCAAACAGUUAUUAACAAGCAUGGAGAUGAAGUUGAAUAUGCUUUGCCUUACAGUGAACGUGAAUCAUUAGUGAACAUUCCACCACUGCCCACAACUGCACCACCUGAUGCAUCAAGAAUUUCCCAAUCAAAGUUCGAGCAAAUUAUCAAUGAAAACUUUCAAUUUCUCAACUCAAACAUCGAAUUUUUCAAUGCUGAAGAGUCGAUGUUGAAUCGUCAAAUGGCGGAUGCAGCUUUCGAGCCAAUCGACACAUCAUUCUCAGAUAUUCGUCGAAAGAACCUUCAAGUGACAGAUUUGGAUAAAUCAAAUGAUACCGGACUCGUUACACCUUUGCAAAGCGGUGACAUCAUCAGAGAACUUGACACGCUUUCGAAGUGGACGAAAAAUUUGGAGAAUUGCGAAAAGAAAUUUGAACAAAAAUCUCCUAUUGAAGAGUACCAAAUGAUUCAAAGCAAUGUGAAGAUUUUCAAUCCACAUGACAUCAAAUAUAAGUCGGGAAUCUUAAGAAAUUCCUUUUCAACGCCUUUAGAAUUCUCAAAUGGAUAUUUUCAUUCAACUCCUGUAACACUUCGAAGUACAUUGCCAAACUUAUACAGCAUUAACAGCUUUGCUGAUAUCGCUUGUAAACGAGAGUUUGAAAUUUUAUCGCAAAUGAAGCAUCAAAGUAUUGCAGUGUUGAUAGGAAUCUGCCAUGAUAGUUCUCUAAGAGUUAUGUCAUUGAUAUUGGAACCUUUUGAUUACACUUUGAAUCAUUAUUUACAUCAAAUGGAUCAAUAUUUUGCAAUUCAAGAAGUCGUUUCGAUUGUUCAACAAGUAGCAAGUGCGACGCAAUAUCUACAUGAAAAUGGAUUUAUUCACUCAAAUAUUAGCAGUCAUGCGGUUUUAAUUCGUGAAUGGCCAUUUGCUGUUCGACUUUCGUCGUUUGAACUCACCACAGAAAUUCAACCGCGAGAGUCUUUAGGUUUGCGACUUUUCAAGCCAGACAAUGUCAUAAAUAACGAUAAAGAUCUGAUGUUGAAAGUUCCAACGGAAGCAGUGAUCGCUGAGAAAUAUUACAAGCUGUCAAAGCAACAUUUUUAUAAUCGCACGUCAUUGCCGAUCUUCAAAUAUGGCGAUGCAGAUUACGAAUUAGAUUCUCAUCAUCCACAUUCUGUUGUUUAUCGAAGAAUGUUCUCGAUGCAUUAUUAUCAACCACCAGAACUUCUCAUCCCAUCAACCGACAACAAACUGAAAUACGUUCUUCCAACAAAGAAAUCUGACAUUUUUUCUCUCGCUUUGCUAUUGUGGGAAUCGCUGAACCAUUGCGUUCCUUUUGUCAUCUUUAAUCACGAUGAACUCAUUCAUGCUUACAAGCAAAAUGAAGCGAAACUUCCAUUCUUAGAUAAGACUGCAACCUUAUUUAUGGACAUUUUCGAUACUUGUCUUCGCGCUGAUGCUGAUGAAAGAGUUUCACAUGUCACUGAGUUCAUUUCGAUGUUAGAAGAAGUUCGUGAAGCCGGGGAAACAAGAAAAGUAAAAGAGUCAAGUUUUUCAGCGAGUUUUGAUCCACUUUUCACACGAAAGGAAAUCGAAAGAAGGAAAAACUAUAUGAAUGUGAAGUUCCAUGAAAAAGUUCCGGAAAAAAUUUACUUUUCAAGGAAAAACAUUGAAGAAAUUGAUCCGCAAAAGAGAAUGGAAAAUGCGAUAACAGCUGAGAAUUUGUUGAGUAUGGGCGUUGGUCACAAAGAUACUUCAAAGGUGUCGGAAUCAAUGAAAAGUUCUGAGAUUGAAGCACAAAUUAAAUCUUUUAGUCAUCAGCCAGGAAUUCUUCGUGAUAACGCUUUGGAAAGGAUCAAGAGAUCAGUUGAAGAACAACGCGUCAUUGCACCAAAGAAACCAAGUCGAAAGAAGGAUGAAAAUCAUGAAGAAGUUUUUGACCAUAGCAAACGUUCAUUAAAUGCUGACUCAACAAUGUAUCAAAGCUUCUUCGACUUCAACCGUUUACACACUCCAAAAAUCGACAAAGAUGUGAUGUACGAACGAACCAGCACAUUAAAGAAACGAUCCAAAGUUCCAACUACUGAAAACCAAAAGAAAUCCGUCAAAGGAUUGUUCGAGAAGCAACAAACAACAACAGCUAAAGUCGAUGCGUUUGAGAAGAUGAACAACGAGUUGAGUCAAAUCUCUCAAGAAUUCAACAAAAAUGACUUUAUGAACGAAAUCGUUCAAGAACUUAACGAGCGUCAAAAAUCGGGACGAGACGAUGUCGGAUUAGGUUCGUUUUUAAAUCACGGCAUGUCGAAUACAAUUCCUGAUCAAAGUCGAUCGUUUGAAGAAUUGCCAGCAGAUAAAUCAAAUGAGAUUGAAAUGCCAAAAAUAAAGAGAAGUGAGAGCGAUAUUGGGAAUAAUUAUCAAUUUGCUGAUGACGAUUAUUCAUCACCAAGAACGCCAAUUGCACUAAAGAACAAGAUCAGACGCAAUGCUUGGCUUUCUGAUAGUAAAAAACCAUCUGGAGGAAGAAUUUCCGACUUCGAUGACUUCAAACGAAAGCAGAAUAAAUCGUUAAACUUUAUCAACUCGAAUGAUGAUCAAAGAAAGCUCAAUGUUAGUAUCAAAAUUCAUCAUAAUGAUCUCGAUGUGACACCAAAGCAAAACAAUAUAAAUAUUGAUCGUAAUUCAUCAAUCAACAUUCAAUUGACACCAAAAGAUUUACAGAAGUCAUCGUUGAUGAAGAUCAACAAUAUUGAUCUCAAUAAUUCUCGCUAUCCUGAAGAUAUCAACAAGAAAUAUUAUCCAAUGAUGCCGGAAAUGCUCAGCGAUGUGAUUCAAAAUAAACGCGAUCGUUCUGUUCAUUUUCAAGCUUCCACCAACUCUUAUGUUGAUGCCACUGAUACAGCAAGCAAUGAGAAAGAAGAAGUUGAAGAGAAUGUGAUUGUGCCAGUACGAACGAGUGUUCGUGAAGCUGUGAAGUUUAUUGAAUCGACAUUUCAUAGUCCACAGCCGAGAGUUGUUAUGGGUCGAACGUCGUUGACAACAGCAGAUCGUGACAACUUCUUUUCAACUCCGCAAAAUCAAAAUUUGACACCACAGGGACAAGAAAAGUUUUUCACUCCUUUAUCUGAAACACCAAAGACGGCAGAGAAGUCUGAUGAAGCUGGUGAAUGUUUGAUGAAAGCAGCGGAAUCGAUUCAAAAACUUGACGAAGUUCCAUGUCGAAAUCUUCCAUUUCUUGUCAACAAACGAUUGGAGAAUGUCGUGAAUCAACAAACGCCAUCAAAAAUCACCACCAAAGUCACAGUUAAUCUCAAACAAAUUUCAUCAACACGACGAUCAAGUGACAUUGAACAUUUGAAGAAAAGUCAAGAACAAAAUCGUCAUUCAAUUUGCAACAAUGCUGAGUUGAUUAAACGACUUCAAGUUCACUUUAAGUCGAUGGAUAAAGAGCAGUCAUUGGUGAAGAAGGAGAAUCACGAGAUUUCUGCUAGUUGCAGUAGUUUAGUGCCAAAAGAUCCGAAAAAAGAAUUAGCACAAGCUGGGAAAUGCUCGAAAUAUUUCUGUCGAAACUGCGGCUUUACGAUGAUUCCAGCUGAAGUGUUGAAGAAGAUUCAAAGUAAUGGACGUUUGUCAAUCGCUUCAAAUCUUGCUGGUUCUCUGCAAUCAAUCAAAUUCGAUGAUGGAACUUCAUCACAAUCAAUGGCAACAGCUUUGAGAAAGUUUCAUCCAAUUAAUGAAGCAAAAUCAACUGAAGACCUUUACAUCGAUGAUGACUUUUGUCAGAGUUUAGGGGCAAACAUGGAAUUGAUGCCAACGCCAGAAUUCUUCGAAUCGAUGGAUUUCAACUUUUUAACAGCUGAAAUCUUUCACAUGCAAGAACAUGAAUUUGAUUGCAGUUUGAAUGACGAAGAGAAGGCACAAUUGGGAUGCAAUUGUAAUCAAGACGAGAUUAAUGCUAUUAAAUAUCACGAAGACGAGGAAACUAAGACGGGAAAUAUUGCAAUAGAUGAACAAUUAGAAGAUGAUCAUUCGGAAGAAGUUCUUGACGGUGAUAACAAAAUUGAAGAAGUUUAAAAGAAAUAAAACAAAAGAUUAAUAUUUAAAGACAUAUUUUCAUAAUUAUUUGAUAUUUCAUAUUUUUACGAUAAAAAGAAAUAAAUUUCUGUUGUGAAAAAAUAA